AUGACGCAAAAGGCGAUAUCCGGUGUUUUCCGAAUUCACAAGAGUCUCCGUGCUGUGGGCCGGGCUUUGUCUGUCUCAGCAAUGGGCUGUGCCUCGAUAAUUCAACAUUGCCCAAAUUUCUGUACCGCUCCAGAAGGUCCUUAUGAAGGCAAUAUGACCGGGGGUCAGGCGAUGGGAAGAUGCCCGGACACCGCCACCGAUAAAUAUUACUGUAAGAACGGUCGUGUCUCUGAGAAAGACUGCAGCAACCCAGCAAUACUGUUCACCAUCUCAGGAGUAUCGCCCUCGCCUAUCACUACUGUUGUACCCUCCACAAUCAUCGCAUUAGAUACAGCCACCAUUUUCAUUAUGCCUACUUGGAUUUCGUCAAGCCUCUCGCCUCGGCCGACUGAAACACCGCCCAAAAAUCUCAUUACAAGCGAGAUACCAAGAGCUGGCGAUUCGGGACUGUAUGCCAGUAGGCAUGCUCUGGCCAUUGGUGUAGGCGUGGGGGCGCCUGUUGGGGUUGCAUUGUUAGUCCUCCUUGGAUUCCUCCUGUGUCGUAAGCGCCGGAAGGAUAUGGAGUUGACGGAGGUGUAUAACGGUCCCCCGCCUAUUCGUCCUGAGCGCCCAGUUGUGGGUAGCGUUGAGCUGUUUGAUCACCGAGAAAUCGAUCGAUUGCGUAGUAAACAUUCACUGAUACAUCACGAUAGCGAUAACCCACCACUGCCACGGCCACAACCGAGAGGACUUGGGCCGACAUCUGAGGAUCUUGCGGGGCAGGCUAUUAGACGUGAGAAUACCUGGAUAUAG